AUCACACUCAUAAAUAGGUGUAGACAGACAGGUGUGCACAGAUAAUUUAUCGACUGAAAGGAAGAAUCCAUUUCGGUUGGAAAUGGAGAUUCCGGAACAACUCCUGGUAUGUGGAUUUUGUCAUAACAGUUUGGAGUCACCAAAACUUUUACCAUGUCUUCACACUGUAUGUGGGAACUGUCUGGCAACGAAAAGGGAAGGCUUAACGAAAUGUACAACAUGUCAACAACCAAUAGAGGGACUCGAGACUGUACCAUCCCUACCCGAUGAUAAAUUCAGUAAAAGUCUCAUUGAUUUCGCCCGAAUUCCAAAUGAAACUGACGAGGAGACAAAUGAAUCUCUUUCAAAGGUACUGAAAGAGCUUGAAACGCAACAAAACGCAGUGUCUAUCGACCUGAAAAAAUUGAGGGUUAAGUCAGAGGAAGCGAGUUUUGAAGCAUUUAAGAAUGAAAGAGAUUUCUUCAAGUUGAAGAAAAAAGCCGAAAAUGAAAUUAAGCUUAAAAUAACGGACUUAAGAAAACGGUUCGACAAAUACCUCCUGGAUAAAGAAACUGAAAUGAUGGAAGAACUAGACAAUGCCUUGAAUGACGAGGAGUUUGAUCUUUCGCAGUCGGUAAUUUGGAAUCGUUCAGUUAUGGGGUCCAUUGAAAACAAAGAAGAACUGCUGAAUAAGUGUAAUCUGCAAUCCUUAACCUCGGCACCCAAAGCUAUGGCAUACCAGAGGGUCUUAACGGAAAUGAAAGACCACAUAUCACAUAUUGGAGGAUCCAUCUCAAAGAAAAGUCCUGCAAAAUUGGAAGUCAGUUUCAAAUACAACUCAGAUAUUGAUAAUGUGUUUACAAAACCAGUAGGAAGUAUUGAGAUUCGGAAAUCUGGCAACAGUAAAGAAGAAGAAGAAGAAGUCAAGAGAAUGUUGCCCACAGCACCAUUUGAAAAUGCUCCCUACAAAAAUGCGGUAUACCUUAGAACAUUCCCCUCUCUUUUACCCGAGGAUAGCAAAGGGUAUGUUGUAGGGAUAGCAUGGGUACCUACCGACCGUCUAGUUCUUGCCGACAAAUGGAACGGGAAACUGAAGCUAUUUCACGAGAGUGGUCGUCUCAUAAACGUGAUGGUAUUUGCAGGAGGAGAGCCGACAGACAUUGUAUACACCAAGGGCUCAAACAUCCGUCAUUUAUGCCUCAUCACCAUUCCAAGCGGGAGACUUAUUAUGCAAGUUGCCGUCGAGGAGAAUAUCAUGAGGCUGUCAAGCCGUAUUGCAACUGUAACGGGAUACUCCAGCAUUGCAUACGAUAAGGUUUGCUCUAAACUUAUCUGUGGCGUCUGUCAGCCCUACGGAACUCCAAGAAUUGAUAUUGUCAGCGCGAAUGGAGUGGUAGAGUUCACCAUUGCCACCGAUUUACAGCGAAGACCUCAUUUCAUCUGCCCUCGUUCUAUCGACAUUUUUCACGGUAUCAUUGCUGGCUGCGAUUGGCAAAAGAAUCGCAUUUUGUUCAUUGCACGUGACGGGUCAAUCCGAGGGUCGUAUUACGGAAGCCCACAAGCCCCGCUUUUGAACCCUGUCGGCACCACACUGGAUGGCAGGGAUCAUCUUUUGGUAGCAGACUGUAAAAGAAACAAAAUUCACAUCGUUUCUUCUUCUGGCGAUCACUUGGGAUGUUAUGAUACCAGUGAUCAUGUCAAGGACCCUCGCGAGAUUAACGUUAUAGCUCACGAGAAUUCAGCGAAGUUGGCAAUUUCUCAUGGGGCGGGAUAUGUGAGCAUAUACCAACUUGCUGACGCUCUCCCUGAAGAGAUUCUAAAGUCAGGUUCGUCAGAGGGUUCAUACAAACAAUGAAUUUCACAGGGCUUAGUGAAAUCUCAGUCGUAUAGUAUGGCAUUAUGAAGAGACCCACGAUAACUUUAUAUAAAAUUACAUAUUAAUUUUUAUACUGCAAAUAGUACAAGCUUUUGCCAGAGGAGGUUCUGCAAAUUUUACAAACUUAAGUUGAUAUUUUUUAAUUCAUUUUGUAUGGAUUUGGAUGUAUUUCUUGGCGCUAUUAUCUGACGCACAUAUAAAUAUAAUACUUAGUAUUCAUUUGGUAUUGUUAUCAAUAAAGAUUUAUUACACUAAU